AUUCUACAUAAUCAUACUUGCAGGCGGCUGCGAUCCCGUAGAAAAGUGCGAGUCCGUCCCAACUCCCAUCCAUUUCUGUCUAAAUAUUCUUUCGUAUUCUCUCAAAGUCUCUCCCCACUACCCACUCCCCUCUUUCUCUUCAAAAUUCAGAUCUCAUCAUCAUCAAUUAUGCCUCUCGGAAAGCUUGAAGUCCUCCUUGUUUCUGCUAAAGCCCUCGAAAACUCUGAUUUUCUCUCAAGCAUGGAUCCAUAUGUAAUUCUCACUUGCCGCACUCAAGAACAAAAGAGUAGCAUCUCAACAGAUGGAGGAUCAAACCCAGAAUGGAAUGAGACCUUUUUGUUUACUGUAUCUGGAGAAGCUCCUGAUCUCAACCUGAAAAUCAUGGACAAGGAUAAUUUUAGCGCUGAUGAUUUCGUGGGGGAGGCAAACAUUUCAUUAAGUGUAGUAUUUGAAGAAGGAAAUGUCCCACCCACAUCUUAUAAUGUUGUCAAAGAUGGAGAAUACAAGGGCGAAAUCAGGGUUGGACUCACUUUCACCCCCCAAGAGACAUAUGGCAGUCGUGGUCUGGAAGAGGAGUCGUAUGGUGGUUGGAAAGAAUCAUCAUCUGAUUUUUGAAGGAUACACUUCUGUGUUGUUCAUCUCAUUAUAUCAGCUGCAAUGUUGGGCCAUUGGAUAACCUGAGUUUUCAUUAUUACUGCUAAGGCAAGGCCGCUUUACAUUCGGAAUUUGUUUAUCAACUUUGAAGAAGCAUUUCAUACAUGUUUUUCCUAAAUGUAAUGGUGAAUGACUCAAUGGUUUGGUUCGGUUUGAUGGGUUUUAUAAUCUUCAUAUUUGAACCUUUUUUUUUGAGAAUUAUUAAUUGUUGAGUGAUGUUUUUUUCUUUUGAAAUGUAUACAAUUAAUUUAGGACUAAGUUAGAAUUGGUUCGAGGUUUGUCUUAAGAAAGAUUAUGUUGGGUUUUGGAGGUUUGAUUUGUUAUCUUGCCAAUCGUGCAAUAAGAUCA